AUGGACCCCCCUCAUCCAGAUCCAGGACCUGCCUCCGUCUACGAUCUAGACGCCACCGUAGCCAGUCUCGCACGAUACUAUAGAGUGCUUUCUCAGAUGGUCUCUUUCAGGCCUGCAAAUAUCGGGUAUCCCCGGGAUAACGGAUGGGGCGACGACCUUAUUCCUCUCGAAAAGUGGCGCAUGCUGGGGUUCAAUGAUAGAGUAAUCGACUUACUCCGUCACAUACCAUACGUUUACAGUGACAGACCAGUGUUUCCAUCCACCGAGUCUAUCAACUAUCUCAACACCAGCUGGCCAUUCGCAGAACUCGAGUCUUUUCAAGGCGAAGAUGCCUGCGGCCUGGACCUUUGGCCGUUCCCAGACGUCCGGAUUCCCGAAGGCGUCGUCGCACUCUCUACACGUCUCAGAGGCGACCCCUUUGCGACUUGGUGGAUAUUGGAUACCAACACGGGCGAAAUCACGCCCCACGAGGCCGUUCUGAUGAGUCCGUCCGAGGAAGUCCCCGAAGACGAGCCCUGGCGCUCGUCCAGGCCUGUACCCGCCGCAGAGUACUUCGACAAGAUACGAGACGACCUGAUCGCGCUGGACUUGAUCCCCGUACCCAGCGGCACGGAAGGAGGUGACUGGGAAAUAUGGCGGAGCAGGCGCGGUGGCGGCCAGACAGGCGACCCGUGGAUCACGGUUGAGGGCGGAAAACGAGGAGAGGAGAAGGGCGAUGCCAAGCCCCCCGGCAACGACUGUGUGAUGCCGGCAUCCGCUCCCACAGGAUAG